AUGAUUGGGAGGGGAUUGGAACACCUGAAUCACAUGAUUGGGAGGGGACUGGAACACCUGAAUCACAUGAUUGGGAGGGGAUUGGAACACCUGAAUCACAUGAUAUGGAGUGGAUUGGAACACCUGAAUCACAUGAUAUGGAGGGGAUUGGAACACCUGAAUCACAUGAUAUGGAGGGGAUUGGAACACCUGAAUCACAUGAUAUGGAGGGGAUUGGAACACCUGAAUCACAUGAUAGGGAGGGGAUUGGAACACCUGAAUCACAUGAUACGGAGGGGAUUGGAACACCUGAAUCACAUGAUACGGAGGGGAUUAGAACACCUGAAUCACAUGAUUGGAGGGGAUUGGAACACCUGAAUCACAUGAUUUGGAGGGGAUUGGAACACCUGAAUCACAUGAUAGGGAGGGGAUUGGAACACCUGAAUCACAUGAUUUGGAAAGGGCGGGGACAAUA